UGUCAGUGUGUUUUAUGGUUGGGCCACGUUUAAUUAUUUACUCCUAUCUUUCUCAGGCCAUACCGGUGUUGAUUACCACCUCACUGAGCUGCCUUCGCUCUUCAGCUCCACACCCAAUCUAACUCUCAUUUCUUUCAGAAGGUUGUGGGACUUUUUCAGAGAGAUUUAAGGCCUGCAGACCUUCUCUGGAUUCAAUUCACAGUUGCACUAUUCUGGAUAUAAACAUGUCGGGAAUGAAUAGUGAUCAGCUGCAUCGCUCCACCUUGGGGAUUUACUCGAGCUUGAUUAAUGAGUUCAACCCAGGCCUACAGAAACUGGUUUCACUGGGGAACAGUUACGUCCAAGCCUUCAAGACUCUUGCUGCGACAAGUGACGCUUACUUCAGCGCACUUUCAAAGAUUGGGGAGAGAGCUUUCCACACGGCAUCAUCACGCUCCAUAGGAGAUGUCCUGAUUCAGGUUUCUGAGAGCCAGCGAAGACUCACCUUAGAACUAGAGGGAUUAUUCCGCUGGUUCAGUUUGGAGGUUCUUGACUCCAUGGAAAAAAAUGUCAGAUUAGACAGAGAUUACUUAUUGGGCAGCAGGGAAACAUAUGAAAUGCAACUCCGCAGCCAGGCAGCAGCUCUGGAGAGACUGCAGAGGAGAUCCAGCCAGGGUGGUAGUGAGUAUGUGGACUUCCUCAGGGAGAGCCAUAACCAGGCUCUGCAGGAGGAAGAGAGAAGAUACCGCUUCCUGGCAGAAAAGCACUGUGGCCUGAUAGAGUCCUUCACCAAACUCAUGAAUAAGAACGGUGUUACUCUCCAGCAGAAAGCUGCUGCCUGGACAGAAGAGGUUGAUGCCACCAGACAACCGGAGGCCCACAGACCUGCAACUUUGGACAACACUGUGGGAAUGAGGGAGGAGGAGAUCAGAAGGAGCAGAGACGAGAUGCCCCUCGGCAAAAUACCAUCAAGAGCCCCGUCUCCACAGGGAAGCGUUUUUCGCUUUGGAGCAGACUCAGCAGGAGGUGGUGGUGGUGGAGGACGAGUCAUGAAGGCCCGGGUGCCCCAUCAGCCUGCUGGCUCCAACCCCACCUUGCUGUCCUUCAAUAGGGGACAGAUAAUUAAUGUGCUGGUCCAACAGCCCAGGAAUGGCUGGCUGUUUGGACGUGCCGACAACAGCCCACGUCAAGGAUGGUUUCCAGCCUUAUUUGUGGAAGCAGUGGACGAUCCACCAGUGUCACCCGCCCCCAGUAGAGCAACUCUCAGGAGCAACAGCAGCAUGAACAGCCUGCCCGACCAACCAAGUGUCAGAAGUCAGAGUGGGGCCGCGCCCCCUCCUCCACCACCACCGCCGCCACCGCAGUCACCAUCUUUGAAUAAACCACAUUCGCAGUCUAUGAAUAAGCUCUUCCCAAAGGGUACCAAUCCGUUCGCCACGGUUAAGCUGAAGCCCACGUCCACCAAUGACCGAUCGGCUCCACGUUUAUAUCGUAGAUGACAUCGUGACCCUGAAAUAAAUGCUUUUAUUAGGCUUAGCAGUUCGUUCUUGACCUUGGCAGUAUAUACUGUUAAAUUCUGAGGUAAAAUCGAGUCUUUUUCCCCCCUUUGUCACACAAAAUGGGACAAAGAAGAAACAAGUCUGAAUAAGGACUUGAGGUGUGUAUUUAUGUCAGAUCUUUUUAAACUUGCAUUAAAUGAUUUGUAAAAUAGUAAGAAUGAAUCACUGUAACACAAACCAGUGGGUGCGUUGAUCACAACGGGUCUUAAAUCAUCAUUCCUCUCCUGUGAUGUUUACGUCUUUCUGCCAAGAGAUGACAUGCGAACGCUUUUAACUGUGUCCUUUUUAGAAAUAACUAAUCGCUGUCUGUGACAUGUAUAUAAUGUACAGCUGAUGUUGGAAUCAGAGCCAAGACUGUGUUAAUGUAAAGUGUAUCUUUCAAAAUGUAGGAUAAC